AUGGCAACGGAGUCGCCAAAGUUUAUUCUCAGGGACAAACCCAAGAAGGAGUUUGCUGCUUCUUAUGACGCUAAAGCUGUAGAAGAGGGUUGGUAUGAAUGGUGGAAUCAACAAGGGCUUUUUAGAGCCAGUAGUGCUGAUUUCAUAAGCCAACAGCAGCAACCUUGUCCACAGAAAAAGCAACCUUUUACAAUGAUCACACCGCCUCCUAAUGUGACUGGGUACUUGCAUAUAGGCCAUGCCUUAACUUUUAGUAUACAGGAUGCACUUGUUCGCUGGAAGCGUAUGAGUGGAUAUGAUGUAAAAUGGAUUCCUGGCACAGAUCAUGCAGGCAUAGGAACUCAGUCUGUAGUAGAAAAAAUGCUUUUGCGAGAGCGUGGAUUAUCACGGCAGGACCUAGGAAGAGAGGAAUUCAUCAAAGCAAUAUGGGAAUGGAAAAAUAAAUACGGAAACCACAUAUUGCAACAAAUGAGAAGAAUGGGCGCUUCCCUUGAUUGGGAUAGCGAGUUUUUCACUAUGGACAAGGAUCGUUCUCAGGCAGUGCAAAAUGCAUUCAUACGAUUGUUCGAAGAAGGGUUAAUUUAUAGAGAUACACGUUUGGUCAAUUGGUGCUGUGCAUUAGAAACUGUCAUUUCAGAUAUCGAAGUAGACUAUAAAGAUAUAUCAGGGCGCACACUCAUUCCCCUUGCUGGACGACGUGAGCCUGUUGAGUUCGGUGUAUUGCAUAAGUUUUCAUAUAAAGUGGCUGAUCCUACUCCCUCUACUCCAACUGAAAUUACCGUCUCUACUACUCGAAUUGAAACAAUGCUUGGUGAUUGCGCAGUUGCUAUCCACCCUGACGAUGAAAGAUACAAAUCUUUACAUGGAAAAUUCGUUUGGCAUCCCAUCCUUAACAAAAAAAUACCUAUCAUUUGUGAUGAAAGUCUUGUCGAUAUGGAAUUCGGAACUGGGGCUGUGAAGAUCACUCCUGCGCAUGAUCCAAACGAUUAUGCUUGUGCAAGACGUCAUAAUCUACCAAUUGAAAGCAUAUUUGAUAAGACAGGUCGGCUGAACGAAAAUUGCGGUAUACCUGAGCUAAUGGGUCUUGAUCGAUUUGAUGUGCGUGAUAAAAUUAUUGAUCAGUUGAGGAAAGUAGGAAGUUAUAAAGGUAGAGACGACAAACAUGUCAUGCGUAUUGCUGUCUGCUCCAGAUCCGGUGAUAUCAUUGAGCCCUUGAUUCAGCCACAAUGGUACGUGGAUUGUAAGCAAUUGGCAAAAAUAGCAAGAAAUCAAGUUGAUAAUGGCACAAUGAGUAUAGUACCCGCACAAUUCGUGCAGGACUGGUAUAAUUGGCUAGAUAACAUUCAAGAUUGGUGCAUUUCAAGGCAAUUAUGGUGGGGACACGAGAUUCCAGCCUAUAAAAUCAAACUGAACGAUACACAAAAGACGGAUCAAGUGGAUCAAGAAUUGUGGGUGGUUGGUUGUGAUCAGCAACAGGCCAAUACUAAGGCUGUCAAACUGCUUAAAGACAGAGGAUAUUCCGAAAAUGAUGAAGACGUGUUAGACACAUGGUUUUCGUCGGGUUUAUUGCCAUUAUCAGCCUUAGGUUGGAAGGGAAAUAAAGGAGAGGAAAUUCCUGCACGGUAUCCUAUCCAGAUUAUGGAAACUGGAUUUGAUAUACUUUUCUUUUGGCUAGCACGAAUGGCCAUGUUAACAAACCAUUUUACAAAUGGAAAAGCUCCCUUUGAAACCAUUUAUCUACAUGCAAUGAUACGUGAUGCACAGGGCCGGAAAAUGUCAAAGUCUCUUGGCAAUGUUAUUGACCCUCUGCAUGUGAUUGAGGGUGUUAGCUUGCAACAAAUGAAGGAGAAUUUGUUACACUCAAAUCUUCCAGAAAGAGAAAUCGAAACGAGUACACGUAAUUUAGAAGAAGAAUUUUCAAAUGGGAUUCCGCCUUGUGGUACAGACUCCUUGAGAUUCGCACUGGUCCAGUACACGCAACAAUCAAGACAGAUCAAUUUAGACAUUUCUACCGUUAUUCAGACCUCACAUUUUUGUAACAAGCUAUGGAAUUUGUUCAAAUUUGGCCUUCAACGUCUGCAACAAAGAUCUGAUUUGGAGUUUGACAGUAACGCUUUAAUCAGAAAUACAGGAAAACUAUCGCUAGUGAAUCGAUAUAUUCUGUCACGUAUGGCAGAUGCUGUUUGUAAAUGCCAAAGUGGCUUCAAUGAAUUCAAACUGUUCGAUGUCACAGAUACGUUACGUAGAUUUAUUGUUAAUGACGUGUGUGAUGUUUACGUCGAAUUUUCCAAAUCUAUACUGAAUGAUCCAGAUAUAGAAGAACAAGAAAAGAUAUCGACUUUACAAAUUCUACAUGCAUGUAUGGAUACAUCGCUACGAUUGGCUCAUCCCAUCAUGCCCUUUUUGACAGAGGUAAACUUGGCAUACAUAAUGCUAUCAUUGGCCGUUUGGUAA